AUGAUGCUUAGGCUCAAGGGACACUUCCGCGGCGAGGACGUGGAGCUCCGGCCAGAAGACCACGCAGCCCUUCGCAGAGCGGAGGCCAACCCCGAGUCCAGCUUCGCCAAAGCGCUGGAACUGCUGGGAAAGCCACCAACCCCAGCCAAGCAGCCGCCGACGCUUGAGGAGAUCCUCCAGAGCGUCCUCCAAAGCGUCGGCCCACCACCGCGCGUCGCACCCGUACGCUACCUCAGCUUUCGGCCGCGACCGCAAGACAACCCCACGCCGCAGCAGACCGCAGGCCCCUCCAAGGGCCCCGCCGACGCACCGGCCAGCCCCACGGCCCCCAACCCGGAGGCUGUGGCCACCACAGACCCCACAGACACCGACCGCGCACCCGCCGUGCCCGCGACAGCGGACCCCGGACCCGCGGCCACACCGACCACACGCCACGCCGCGCCGCAGCCGACCGAGGACCCUUCCAAGGGCCCCACCGCAGCUCCGGCCAGCCCCGUGGCCCCCAACCCGGGGGCCGCGCCCGCCGACCAGCACAUCGUCGCGCCAAUCACCAAGGCCCCAGCGCGGGCCCCGGACCAACGGCCGCGACCCCACGAACCCCGGAUGCAAGGCUGCCGUACAAAAAAUACAGCAGCACGCCAAAAGCGUACCAAAAAGAGCGGUGGUACACGGCAGCCUUGCAAAGACAAAGGGGAGGGUAGAAGAGGAACCUGCUUUCUCAACUACCCACCCCGAGUCGCUGCAACAAAAACACCACCGCGCCUGACUUCCCGCCGGCAGAGCACCGCGCCGCUCCACGCACGCCCACCAGACAACACCAGUCGUCGACUGUCGGCCCGCGGAGCCGACAAACCGGGGCGACGAAGUUGGAGAUUCGUCGCCUCAAAACAACGACCCACGCAGCAGCCCAAAGGACACCCGCACCCGCCCCCGCCGACUCCAAGGAGAAGACGGGCCUGGGCGCCGAGAUUGGAGACUCGUCGCCCGCCAACGAACCACGCACGCCCACCGGACCCGGUAGCACGCCAGGGAGGACGCCGAGAAGGAGCACUCGCCGCCCCCCCGCAACACUGCUGA